CCGCUCGAGGACCAGAGAACCCGCGACGAGGAGGACCUCCGCGAUGCCAAGGCGCAGUGCUUCGAGGACGUCCACAGGACCCUGAGCAGCACCAUCUGCGGGCUGACGAAGGUGCGCGACUCGCUGUGGCUGCUGGCGGGCGCCGAUGAGCUGCCAGUUGACUGCGAGGUCACGGACUGGGUCGACCACGCAUGCAGCGCCACGUGCGGCAAGGGCACCCGGCAGUCGACCAGGGAGGUGAUCGUGGAGAACGAGAGCGGCACUGGAUGCCCGCCUCUGGUGAUGGUCCAGGAGUGCGAGGAGAUGCCUUGUCCUACAGACUGCGCUGUGAGCGAGUGGAGCGGAUGGUCGAAGUGCUCGGCCGUGUGCGACGGCGGCAUCCAGCAGCGCACCCGCGCCGCGUUGACGGAGGCGCGCAACGCGGCGACGCGUGCCCGCAGCUCGUCGAGAUGCAGG